CAAUUCCUUAGCAACGCUUGGCUCCCUGGGAGUGGUGGCGGCUGUUUCAACAUGGCGGCAGCGGCAACAAGAAGUGGAAAUUCGGGGAUAUUUUGGAUGAAUGGCGAUGAGGAACAGCCCUUGGUGUUUAUUCCUGGAGUGGAAGGAGAGGCGAAGACUCAGACCACUUUAAAUUUGGGACCAGGCAGCACCAGUACAUCCAGUAAAAGAGGUACCAAGAUGCGAGCCAGGCGUAGCUCUGACUGCAAGAAUGAGACUGCACUAAAGAAAAGUGGCAAGAAACAGGGCCAUUUACAAAGUGAGCGCUCUGGGGUUUAUACCAAGGAAAAAGUGUCAGUCCAUCACAGUGCUACUGUAGCUACAGAGCGCACCCUCUCUCCACCCACUGGUACUUUUCACCCCUCAACACAGGUAAUCUCUGAGACUAGCAGAACUAAAAGCCAGAUCUGUUUGAAGGAUCUCUGUCCUGAAGAUAAGCGCCGGAUUGCAAACCUCAUCGAAGAACUAGCCAGAGUGAGCGAGGAGAAAGAAGAGUCAGUGCAGCGUCUGAAAGAUGAACAGGAAAAUUUUGAGUGCAAGAUCCAGCAGCUGGAGCAACAGAACCUGGUCAUAGCACAGGAGAGGGAGAGCCUGCAGCAGCAGUACAGAGAGUGCCAGGAGCUGCUUGGGCUCUACCAACAAUACCUUUCUCAGCAACAGGCGAAACUUAACCAGUCCAUUGCCCAGCUCAGCCAGGCACCAGCCAACAGCAAGGUGCUCAGUAGCGAGGAAGCCCCCAACAGAACAUCUAGCAGAGCUAAUGGCUCACUCUUUGAUGGCUCGUACCUCUGCCUUGCUGCUACUGCACGACAGCCUCAAGUGCACAGGAGUGGUGGUGGAGGAAGAGGAGCAGUACAAACAUGUAGCAACCCUAGCUCUCUUUCCUGUGUUGGUGAGUUUAGUCCAACCGAUGGGCCGAUCAAACAGUAUAGGAGCCAGAAAAGGGAGUGCAGGGAACCACACUCAGAGUCCCACCACAGAUGUGAGCACUGCCAAGGCAGUGGUCAAGACAAUGGCUAUGGAACACAGCAAUGGAGAAGUGAUAAUGUCUCUCGUCUAGAGAAUGGCCACCAUGACACCUUUAACCAACAUGAGUGCGAAAGGCUCCACGGUGGGAAUGUCAUUGGCUCAGAAGCCAAGAAAGCCCUGACCAGGCCUCUGCUGGGUCACGAGGACUGGGAGGAGAAGAGGCACCAGCUGCUGCUGCAGAAAAUGCAGUUGGAGAUGGAGAGAGAGAGGCUGCAGGCCCGGCUGACUGAGCAGGAGGAGAGGCUCAACAGACAGAAUCAGCAGUUACGCCAGUCGCGUCUGAAUUACAGCAGGUUUCAACAAGCUACUCAAUCUGAUCUCAGCAGCUCAAACACUAGAAAUUGAGAUCCACAGCCGGAGGGUCCCACCCACCAAGAUUUACCCUCCAGUGUGUGUGAAGAUGCAGAGGCACAUCCUGCAGGACAGAGCUUGCAUAUAAAAGGCUCACAAACUGUACCUGUUCUUCAGGACAAUGGCAAUGAGACAUUAGAGCAGUCCAGAAAGGACAUGGCCACAUCUCCUGCCAAGUCUAUUGCAAGCCUGAGUAAGCCCACCUCAGUGUCUGUGAUCCAAAAGACCCCUGAGGCCAGGUUGGACUUUUCUGUGGUUGAGUUAUUGGAUAUCUUUACUCCUGUCUCUGCACCCGAGCUAGGCAAGCCGUCCUCUCGAAGACCCAAAACGUUGCAACGUAGGCUGGCCCCCACUGCCCCCAAAACAGUGGGCAGAACCCUGCUUACCCCUGCUGGGCCUUGUCCUCAGAAUACCCAGCAGGACCUGGAAGAAAGCCAAAUACUGGAGGAUAUUUUCUUCAUUUGCUGACAUAGAAGAAAAUGGGGAGCAAAAAAAAAAAAGUCACUUGAUAUUCACCUGUUUGGUCUUGACCUUUUUAAUGUCUUACAUUUAAUUUUCAAUUGACAUUCUAAGUCAGAAUGAUCAUGAUGUUGUAGAUUGUACUCUUGUUAUUCUGUGGUUUUAAUACAAAUAAACAUAUUUAUUCAGAA